AAUGGCACAUCUCGGCACACCCCUUAGAGCAAAGCUCCAAGAGUACAAGUGAGACGUUUUGUAAUGCAAUUCAUUGUUUCUCAGACCAGAAUGCGUAAUGCAAAUAAGCCAAGGAAUGGUUUCUAACUAGAAAUCCAUGUCUUCUUAACAACACACACACACACACACACACACACACACACACACACACACACACACACACACGUCAAUAAAACACUUGGGUAGGCAACAAUCCAGCAUCAUCUGUAACCGCGCAGGCUAGUGAAAGUCGCGCGUUGGAGUCCCUGAAGGGGAGGCAGCAGCUCUGAGGACUGACUCUUGUGUGUGAAUAAAGACGGUGGGGUGGAAUUAGCAUGUGUGUCUGCGCCAUCCGGUGGGUGUGGUGCUGAGUCUGAGCUGAGGGUGAACUAGUCGGGCGGCACUGGUGGAGCAAACCUAGGAGUUUUAUACUACAGGCAGCGGGAAAAGGGCAAGACCCACCUAAACCUGCAAGGUACCAGCAUGGCUACAUCUUUGGGAAAGAACGACGUACAGUAUGCAGACUGGAUGGCAAGUUUGCCCAAGACUAUCCAAAGCGUUCCCCUCACCAACCUGGCCAUCCCAGGCUCACAUGAUUCGUUCAGUUUUUACAUUGAUGAGGCAUCUCCUGUCGGGCCAGAACAACCAGAUACUGUCCAAAACUUUGUGUCUGUAUUUGGAACUGUAGCCAAAAAGUUGAUGAGGAAGUGGCUUGCAACACAGACUAUGAACUUUACACAUCAACUGGAAGCUGGAAUACGUUAUUUUGAUCUGAGGAUAUCCACUAAACCUAGAGACCCUGACAAUGAACUCUAUUUUGCACAUGGCUUGUUUAGUGCCAAAGUUAAUGAGGGCCUUGAGGAAAUCAAUGCUUUUCUAAUGAAUCAUGCAAAGGAGGUCGUCUUCUUAGACUUUAAUCAUUUCUAUGGGAUGCAGAAAUCCCACCAUGAGAAACUGAUUCAGAUGCUACGAGAAACGUUUGGGAAUAAGAUGUGCCCUGCUAUAUUUGCUCAUGAAGUGAGCCUUCAGUAUCUUUGGGAAAAGGAGUACCAAGUGUUAGUCUUUUAUCACAGCCCUGUAGCUCUUGAAAUGUCAUUUUUGUGGCCUGGCCAAAUGAUGCCAGCUCCUUGGGCAAACACAACCGACACAGAGAAACUGAUCCAAUUUCUCCAGUCUGCGGUUGCUGAAAAACGGAAGAAGGGUUCUUUUUUUAUAUCGCAGGUGGUGCUGACACCUAAGGCAAGCACAGUGGUAAAAGGAGUUGCCAGUGGGCUUAGAGAAACAAUUACAGAGAGGGCUCUACCUUCAAUGAUGCAUUGGAUCCGAACGCAAAAACCAGGAGAAAGUGGCAUUAACAUCAUCACAGCUGAUUUUGUAGAACUGGGAGAUUUUAUCAGCACUGUUAUAAAACUGAACUAUCUCUUGGAUGAAGAAGAAGACAAUGCAACCUGAUAGCUAGACAUUUAUUAUUUCAAUUAAUUGUAAUUGUAUUAAAUAAAUCUUCCUACUGAAUUCAGACUCUCUGAAGUCUUUAGGGCUAUUAAUGGGUGGGCUGGGGUAUAUGUUGUUGGUGAUCUCAGUCUUAGUCGAUGCUUAAAAUUAUUUUUCAAAAGCAGGAAAGGUGCUGUUUCUAUUUCAUGCAGAAGGGUAAGGAGAUGGCUUUAUGUACCGUAUGUUCUAUUGUGUUGAUGUGCUUUUCUUGCCUUUUGAAUUAGACGUGUCGGUGAUGCUUGCAUGCUGAUAGAUUCAAGCUUAAGACUGAUUCAGCAGUAUGAGUUAGGAAUGCCUCAAACAGUCAUGAAAUCUAUGAUUCGUAAGCACUCAGCUUCAUGAAAUCAGGUAAAAUGGUCUCAGUUUUAAUCAUUGUUCUUUAGGUUGUUAAUUACACAAUAGCUUUUAUCCCUCUUUAUAAUGUCCAUAGGGAGAAUUCGACAGAUUCUCAAAGCUGUAUUCCAGGGUUGUUCCAUCAUAAAUAUUUUCAAUUUAUAAUGCUUUAAGUAAGCAGAUGAUAAAAAGCAAAUUAAUAUCCAUUUUAAAUAGUUUUUGUGCCCAAAUUCCACUAGAUUAAUACCCAAUAAUAUAUAAAACUACCUUUAUAUGAUAUAUGUCAUAGCUAUUGAAGAUUUUGGCAUUUUCACUUGCUUGUUCUUGAUACAUAAUGCAUACAGAUCCCACAAAAAUAUUAAAGGAAAUAUAACUUAAAAUCAGAUAAUGUAACUUUCAUCUAAAAUGUUUUAAAAUACAGUUAGAACUUUUCUUAAGCUUCUACAAAAAAUAUUGCCCAUCCUUUUUGUUUCAGAUGCAUUUAGUUUGUUUUGCAUUUGUUUGUAAAUUAUAUCUAAGUUUCAUUUAUGUUACCUGUACAUUUAGACCAGAAAAACAAACAUUUUCAUAACUUCCCCAGUUGUACUAAAUAACUUCACAUAUGAUUGCAUACAGUCGUAAAUUAAGGGGGAUAAAAAUGCAGUAGUAGUAUCUGCUUGAUGUUACUCUGAGCUUUCCUUAAUUAAAUGGAUGUGAAAUGAAUGCUAUCACACCUUCAGAUUUUGUUCCAAAAAGUUAAUUCCAACUAGUAUGUUUAAAAAGUUUUAAAUGUAAUGUAAAUUGUUGCAUUAAGGUAUAUAUAUGUAUCAAUUGUAGUGUUGUCAGUAUUCAAUUUAUUAACUAAAUCUGUGUCAGGAGAAAAAAGUUAUAGUUGUAAGAAAACUGUGAUUUCCAGUUAUGUAGCUGGUAAUUGUUUAGACAAGUAAUUACACGUUUCACUUUAUUUUAACUUAGGAGAUUCAAAAAAUAUUUAAAAUCCUCAACACUAGUUAUUGGAUCUGAAAGUGAACCAUUUUGCUGAAGUAUUUUAUGUGCAUAGUAUGUGUGUUGAGGUAACAAAGAAAUGUAAAUGUAUUUUAUGAUGUUCAUACAACAAGUGGACUGACCACAUUGUAAGACAGUUAUUUGAACAUCCAGUGGGCUUAUCUGCAUUUUAAAAAGGGGAGCAGCCAAAAUAAAAAGCAAUGUUUCGCAAUAAAAUAAAGUAUUUCUUUUUCUGUGCAAAGAAAAGCAAUUAAAUAUCUGUCCCAGACCUUUACACAUAAAAGUGAUACUGUCUUAAAAAGAGAGUGUAAAGAAAAUUCUGAUAUAUCUUGUACAUCAAUACAUUAUUACAGAAGAUGUGAUCUGUUAAGGAAUAGCAUUUUGGAUUGCAUUAAAUAAAUACUGUUCCAUUUCUGCCAUGCUCUAAAUGUCUACCAGUGCUCAGUAUGCUUGCAGGCUCAUUGAUUCUUUGCUAUAAUUAAUGCAUUUUAUUUAUUUCAGAUCACAGUGGUCAGACUGGUUGCUAUAUUAUCAUACUGGUUAUUUGAGGGCAUUGAAAACUAGUAGUAAAGUGUGUAGUACAAUAUCCUAAUUUGUGAAACUGUACAAUGUUUUUAACUGAAGCCGUUGUGAAGUCCACUGUUGUCUGAAUGUUUUUCCAUGUCAAAAAGUACAAAAACAUUCCUCAAAUGAUAACUUCAGCUUUGCAGAUACGCUACAAAACAAUCUAUCUCGAACUUUUUAAAUCAAUUAUCCCUAUUGAUAAUAUAGUAAGACUACACUUUCCACUAAAAUAACAAACUUUUCUUGUGUGAAACAUGUCAAAUAAAUUGUAUUAUUUGUGUUCUAACCGUGUUGAUUUGUAAUACAAUGAUAGUGUUGUUUAUUCUAUACAUGUUGCUUUACAAAAAAAGUGUUUCCAAGCAAAAGUAUAUGUUUUGUACAACACUGAUGCAUUUUCCCUUGGUUUAAAAAACACAUUGAAAACUAUACUUAAAAAUAAAGACUGCCCAACAAUGCUUA